AGAUGCUGGCGGAGCCAGAGCAGCUGCCGCGGACUCAGCGCUCCCUUCUGCCUGCUCCGAGGGGGCUGCGAGCUCGGGGGGACCCUUUGCAGUCCCCAGGCGUGGCCCCAGGGACGGGGACCCUCGAAGAUGACGUGGAUCUGUCUGUCCUGCAUGCUCUGGCCAGAGGACCUGGAGGCCCCCAAGACUCACCACUUCAAGGUGAAGACCUUCAAGAAGGUGAAGCCCUGUGGGAUCUGCCGACAGGUCAUCACCCGGGAGGGUUGCACCUGCAAAGUCUGCAGCUUCUCCUGUCAUCGGAAAUGCCAGGCCAAGGUGGCUGCUCCCUGCAUUCCUCCAUCCAGCCAUGAACUGGUGCCCGUCAACACUGAAACUGCUCCAAAGAAUGUAGUGGACACGGGAGAAGGAGCCUUCCGGGGUGGAAACACACGGAAAAGCCUUGAGGAAGAUAGCUCCACCAGAGUCACGCCAAGUGUCCAGCCCCAGCCCCAGCCCAUCAGAAACAUGAGUGUGAGCCGGGCCACAGAGGACAGCUGUGAGCUGGACCUGGUGUACGUCACUGAGAGGAUCAUCGCCGUCUCCUUCCCCAGCACAGCCAAUGAGGAGAACUUCCGGAGCAAUCUCCGUGAGGUGGCCCAGAUGCUCAAGUCCAAACAUGGAGGCAACUACCUGCUUUUCAACCUCUCUGAGCGGAGACCUGACAUCACAAAGCUCCACGCCAAGGUACUGGAAUUUGGCUGGCCCGACCUCCACACCCCAGCCCUGGAGAAGAUCUGCAGUGUCUGCAAGGCCAUGGACACUUGGCUCAACGCAGAUCCCCACAAUGUUGUCGUUCUACACAACAAGGGAAACCGAGGCAGGAUAGGUGUUGUGAUCGCGGCUUACAUGCACUACAGCAACAUUUCUGCCAGUGCUGACCAGGCCCUGGACCGCUUUGCAAUGAAGCGGUUCUAUGAGGAUAAGAUUGUACCCAUUGGCCAGCCAUCCCAGAGAAGGUACGUGCAUUAUUUCAGCGGCCUGCUCUCCGGCUCCAUCAAAAUGAACAACAAGCCCUUGUUUCUGCACCACGUGAUCAUGCAUGGCAUCCCCAACUUUGAGUCUAAAGGAGGGUGUCGGCCAUUUCUCCGGAUCUACCAGGCCAUGCAACCUGUUUACACAUCUGGUAUCUACAACGUCCAGGGAGACAGCCAGACCAGCAUCUGCAUCACCAUCGAGCCCGGGCUGCUCUUGAAGGGAGACAUCUUGCUGAAGUGCUACCACAAGAAGUUCCGGAGCCCAGCCCGAGACGUCAUUUUCCGCGUGCAGUUCCAUACCUGCGCCAUCCAUGACCUGGGGGUUGUCUUUGGGAAGGAGGACCUCGACGAUGCCUUCAAAGAUGAUCGAUUUCCAGAAUAUGGCAAAGUUGAAUUUGUGUUUUCUUAUGGACCAGAGAAAAUUCAAGGCAUGGAACACCUGGAGAACGGGCCAAGCGUGUCUGUGGACUAUAACACCUCCGACCCCCUCAUCCGCUGGGAUUCCUAUGACAACUUCAAUGGGCAUCAAGAUGAUGGCAUGGAGGAGGUUGUGGGCCACACGCAGGGACCCCUGGACGGGAGCCUGUACGCCAAGGUGAAGAAGAAGGACUCCUUGAACGGCAGCACCGGGGCCGUCAACGCCACGCGGCCUGCUCUGUCGGCUACCCCCAACCACGUGGAGCACACCCUCUCGGUGAGCAGCGACUCAGGCAACUCCACGGCCUCCACCAAGACAGACAAGACCGAUGAGCCUGCCCCCGGCCCCUCCAGUGCCCCUGCUGCCCUGAGUCCCGAGGAGAAGCGUGAGCUGGACCGCCUGCUCAGUGGCUUUGGCUUGGAGCGAGAGAAGCAAGGCACCAUGUACCACAUGCAGCAUCUCCGGUCCCGCCUGGCGGGGGGCCCUGCUGCGCCCUCCUCCGGCCGCCAUGUCGUCCCGGCCCAGGUUCACGUCAAUGGCAGGGCCUUGGCAUCCGAGCGGGAGACAGACAUCCUGGAUGAUGAGCUGCCCAACCAGGAUGGGCACAGCGUGGGCAGCAUGGGCACACUGUCCUCCCUGGAUGGGGUCACUAACACCAGUGAGGGGGGCUACCCGGAGGCCCUGUCCCCACUGACCAACGGUCUGGACAAGCCCUACCCCGUGGAACCUAUAGUCAAUGGCGGGGGCUACCCCUAUGAGUCUGCCAGCCGGGCGGUGCCUGCCCAAGCUGGCCACCCUGCCCCCAUGCGACCCUCCUACUCUGCACAGGAGAGUUUAACUGGCUACCAGCGGGAGGGGCCCCACCCAGCCUGGCCACAGUCAAUGACCACCUCCCACUAUGGCCAUGACCCCAGCGGUAUGUUCCGCUCUCAGUCCUUUCCGGAAACCAAGCCCCAGCUGCCCCCAGCUCCAGCCCGGGGCGGGAGCAGCCGGGAGGCUGUGCAGAGGGGCCUGAAUUCCUGGCAGCCUCACCCACCUCCUCGCCAGCAGGAAAGAGCCCACUUGGAGAGCCUCGGGCUCAGCAGGCCCAGCCCCCAGCCAUUGGCAGAGACCCCCAUGCCUGGCCUCCCCGAGUUCCCGCGGGCGGCCUCCCAGCAGGAGAUCGAGCAGUCCAUCGAAGCCCUCAAUAUGCUGAUGCUGGAUCUGGAGCCAGCCACGGCGGCCGCCCCACUGCACAAGUCCCAGAGUGUCCCUGGGGCCUGGCCAGGCGCUUCCCCGCUCUCCUCCCAGCCCCUCUCUGGCUCUUCCUCCCAGUCCCAUCCACUGACCCAGUCCAGAUCUGGCUACAUCCCCAGUGGGCAUUCCUUGGGCCCCCCUGAGCCUGCUCCCCGGGCCUCCCUGGAGUCUGUCCCUCCUGGCAGGCCUUACUCACCUUAUGAUUAUCAGCCAUGUCUAACGGGGCCCAACCAGAGUUACCGUCCAAAGAGUCCAGCUGCCUCCUCCUCGUCUGCCUUCCUCCCAAACACCCAGAGCUCUCCGGGGCCUCAGCUGCCCCCAGUCUCUCUCCCUGGCCUCACCACUCAGCCUCAGCUUCCACCGAAGGAGGUGACUUCAGACCCAUCCCGAGCUCCAGAGGAGGAGCCAUUGAACCUGGAGGGGCUUGUGGCCCACCGGGUUGCAGCGUACAACGCCAGGCUGCAGGGCACUGGGCAGAGUGUCGGCUCCAGGCACCCUCCUCUCCACCGGCUCCGAUCUUCCUCUCUCUCUGGUGGCCUCCCGGAUCCCCUCCCUUCUGGAGCCCCAGGCAAGCAGUCGGACACCCAGCCCUGCCACCUGGAGCUGAGGAAUCCAGUUUUUUGGAAAUUGGAAGGCUGGAAAGAAGAGCUGGGGGUGCAAGCUCGGGAGAAGCAGCCUGCAGAGCCCCCAGCACCUCUCCGGAGGCGGGCGGCCAGCGAUGGGCAGUACGAGAACCAGUCGCCAGAACCUGCGUCCCCCCGUAGUCCUGGGGUUCGCUCCCCUGUCCAGUGCGUCUCCCCAGAGCUGGCUCUCACCAUCGCUCUCAAUCCUGGAGGGCGGCCCAAAGAGCCCCAUCUGCACAGCUACAAGGAGGCCUUUGAGGAGAUGGAGAGAACCUCCCCGACCAGCCCACCGCCCAGUGGGGUGCGCUCCCCUCCAGGUCUGGCCAAGACACCUCUGUCUGCUCUGGGCCUGAAGCCCCAUAACCCAGCCAGCAUCCUGCUGCACCCCACCGGCGAGCCCCGGAGCUAUGUGGAGUCGGUGGUGCGGACGGCAGUGGCUGGGCCCCGGACUCAGGAUCCUGAGCCCAAGAGCUUUAGCGCCCCGGUUGCCCAAGCCUAUGGCCGCGAGACACCCCUGAGGAACGGGACCCUGGGAGGCUCCUUUGUCUCCCCCAGCCCCCUUUCCACCAGCAGCCCCAUCCUCAGCGCUGACAGCACUUCAGUGGGGAGUUUCCCAUCAGGGGAGAGCAGCGACCAGGGCCCGCGGACACCCACCCAGCCUCUGCUGGAUUCUGGCUUCCGCUCCGGCAGCCUGGGCCAGCCCAGCCCUUCGGCUCAGAGAAGCUACCAGAGCUCUUCUCCUCUCCCGACUGCGGGCAGCAUCUACAGCAGCCCCGACUACUCACUUCAGCAGUUCAGCUCCCCGGAAAGCCAGGCCCGGUCUCAGUUCAGCGUGGCAGGUGUCCACACGGUGCCUGGGAGCCCUCAGGCACGGCACAGGACAGUGGGCACCAACACUCCCUCUAGUCCUGGCUUUGUCCGCCGGGCCGUGAAUCCCGGCAUGGCUGCCCCCAGCAGCCCCAGUUUGAGCCACCGCCAGGUGAUGGGUCCACCCGGAACUGGUUUCCAUGGUAACACGGCCUCCAGCCCCCAGAGCAGUGCAGCAACCACUCCAGGAAGCCCCAGCCUGGGUCGGCACCCUGGGGCCCACCAGGUUUCAAGCCUCCAUGGCAAUGUGGCCACCACUCCAGGGAGCCCCAGCCUGGGCCGGCACCCUGGGGCCCACCAAGGCAACCUGGCCUCCAGUCUCCAUGGCAAUGCAGUAGCCAGCCCCGGAAGCCCCAGCCUGGGUCGUCACUUGGGAGGGUCUGGAUCUGUGGUUCCCGGCAGCCCCAGCUUGGACCAGCAGGUGGCCUAUGGUGGCUACUCCACCCCUGAGGACCGGAGACCCACGUUGUCCCGACAGAGCAGCGCCUCGGGCUACCAGGCCCCUUCCACGCCCUCCUUUCCUGUGUCCCCUGCCUACUACCCCGGCCUGAGCAACCCCGCCACCUCCCCCUCGCCAGAUUCAGCAGCCUUCCGACAAGGGAGCCCGACACCGGCCUUGCCAGAGAAGCGGAGGAUGUCCAUGGGAGACCGAGCGGGCAGCCUCCCCAACUACGCCACCGUUAACGGGAAGGUGUCCUCCUCGCCUGUCGCCAGCGGCAUGUCCAGUCCCAGCGGGGGCAGCGCCGUCUCCUUCUCCCACACUCUGCCGGACUUCUCCAAGUACUCCAUGCCAGACAACAGCCCUGAGACGCGGGCUAAAGUGAAGUUUGUCCAGGACACUUCCAAGUAUUGGUACAAGCCCGAGAUCUCCAGAGAGCAGGCCAUCGCCCUCCUUAAGGACCAGGAGCCAGGGGCUUUCAUCAUCCGAGACAGCCACUCCUUCCGAGGAGCCUAUGGGCUGGCCAUGAAGGUGUCUUCGCCCCCUCCGACCAUCAUGCAGCAGAAUAAAAAAGGGGACAUGACUCAUGAGCUCGUGAGGCAUUUCCUGAUAGAGACGAGCCCCAGAGGAGUCAAGCUCAAGGGCUGCCCCAACGAGCCAAACUUCGGAUCACUGUCUGCCCUGGUCUACCAGCACUCCAUCAUCCCGCUGGCUCUGCCCUGUAAGCUGGUCAUUCCAAACCGAGACCCCACAGAUGAAUCAAAAGAUAGCUCGGGCCCUGCCAACUCAACCAGUGACCUGCUGAAGCAAGGGGCAGCCUGCAACGUGCUCUUCAUCAACUCUGUGGACAUGGAGUCACUCACUGGGCCACAGGCCAUCUCCAAAGCCACUUCUGAGACACUGGCUACUGACCCCACACCGGCUGCCACCAUCGUCCACUUCAAAGUUUCUGCCCAGGGAAUUACACUAACUGACAACCAGAGAAAGCUCUUCUUCAGACGCCACUACCCCCUCAACACCAUCACCUUCUGUGACCUGGAUCCACAGGAGAGGAAGUGGAUGAAGACGGAGGGAGGCUCCCCUGCUAAGCUCUUCGGCUUUGUGGCCCGGAAACAGGGCAGCACCACGGACAACGCCUGCCACCUCUUUGCUGAGCUUGACCCCAACCAGCCGGCCUCCGCCAUCGUCAACUUUGUCUCCAAGGUCAUGCUGAGUGCCGGCCAGAAGAGAUGAACUCCCCCCUCCCCUUGCCCGGGGCCAGGGCAGUGGGGAUGGGUAUGUGGGGAAGGGACCUGUGCAUCCUGACCAUCCUUGAAUCCAGAAGGAGGACUUUGGGCCAAUUUUGGAGAAGGAGAGAAGAAAGUGUAAUGUGGGGAGAGGGAAGUGAAUUGAGCGGGGAGGGGGAGAGAGAGAGAAAGAAGGAAAAAGAUGGAGGAGAAUAACUCGGAUUCCCCCGGGGAGAUGGAUACUACAAAACCCCCAGAGCCUCCAAAACUAACCAGGUCCACCUAACUCCUCCACCCUCCGAGAGGAUGGAACUCCUCAAGAGAGGCAGAAUGAACCUCUCUGGAGAUCCACAUUUUGGGGGGAAAUGGAAAAGCUCUUUCUUCCUAACCCAACUGCUUUGCAAGGAGAAAUCCUGUCAAGAGAAUCUUUUUCUGUCCACCUCUAGGGUAGAUCACCAAACCAAAAAGAGCCACCAUGGGACAUCCAGUGGUGGCACUUUUGCUUUUGAAAGUAUCUCAGACCUGAGGCCCCUAAGGUCUCUUUGCUCUGCCUUUGAUGUACAGUUUGUGGGUGUCUUUAUGGGGUGUAUAUAUGGCCACACCCACAUCCUCACACACUGAUUUCUGUUUGCCUCUCAGCUUGAAUUAUAAACAGGUAUACUUGUCCGUGUCCCCUGUGUUUGCACACACAAGUGCAUACUGUCCAAAGAAAGUUAAGAGUCGGGGGUGUCAGGGCAGCAGGGAGGGGGCAUAAGCCCCCUUCCCCAGGAACACCCAGGAUUGUGGGUAAUGGAUGCUCUCUUGGUCCCUGCACCUGCUCUAACAGCCUUGGGUGCCGCCAACCCCUUUUCCUCAGCAGAGACCCCCACGGAGUGGGUCUGGCCACGCUGCAACGUUACCCCUGAUCUGCCUCCACCAGGAAGCUGGAGCAUUGGUUUGAGGAGAUGGCGACUUGUGUGUCCGGAGCUCUGGGGAAGAGAUCCCUCAGGAAGGGAGGCUGCUGAGCUCUAGGCACCUUCCCCGAGGCAUGUGGCCCAGCCUCGGGGUGGGCAGGUGGCUCCCGCCAGCUCCCAGCCCUCAGCCUCUUCUUGGGUUUCGUGCCCCAGACCAGCCUUUCUCAGACUUGCUUAUGUGCAUGUUGCCUUUUUGGGUGCUGGCGAUUGAGCCUUCCUGCUCUUCCCUGUUCUGUCCUGCAGGGUCCCCAUGUUGGGGCUCAUCCUGGGAACCUGCUUCUAUAAGCCCUGCUCGGCGAGGCCCAGGAGAGACCCCUGCAGUUCCUGUGCUCCCUCUGCAAGGGAUCGGGGGUCUGACUUUUGCUGGACCGCCCACGGGAGCUGGUCAGAGUUCUGGGGGAUGCUGCCUGCACACCACACGGCCUGCCUGCGAUACCAAAGCCUUGCGCUUCCCCCUUCUGCCUUGGUUUCCCCCCAGAGCCCAGCCGCCGUGGAGCAGAGGGCAGAAGGCGCACAUUUAGGCCAAAGGACUGAGACUCCAACUGGGCGAUUGGGCACUCCCUGACCACCACCCAAGUGGUCUAAGCCAGAUGGAAAAUCCACCAGGACUCCAUCCUUGAGUAGCUUCUUAAGCCUCUGGGUUCCCUAAAGAGAGGCAUUGUACUGAUAUAUAAAUAUAUAUAAUAUAUAUGUGAGACAUACUGACAGAAUCUGUAAGCUAAUGAAAUAUAAGAAAAGGUUAAAAAAAAGAAUAGGUAAAUUGACAAGAAGUAUUUAUUAUUUCCCCAUAUAGCUUUAUUGCCUCCCCGGCAUAAUCCAGUCCCCAUCUCUCUCUGUACCUAUAAGUGAAGCCUGAAAGGUAGGGGCCUUUAUCCUUGGAGCAAUCAGGGGUCUCCUUGCCCUGGCCUUGGCUUUCCUUAGACUCUGACUAGGACUCAGCGGGGAGGGGGUGCACGUGUUCCAUCCCCUUCACCGCCCCCCCCUUAUUUUUGGCAAGCUGGGCCCGGCUAUCAGCUCCCAGAGAUGAGGGCUUAGCAGCCCGCCUCCCUGCAGGCCCGAGCAGGUGUGUGAGCCUGCAGGGGACACGGGUGUGUGUGGUGGGCGUGUGCGUCUUGUAUUUUUUUUCUCUUCCAAGAAGCUGUAUCUGUGUGGAUGUUUUGUUUCAGGGAGUUGGAAAGGAGAGCGUCUGAAGAUGGUGGGGAGUAACCCCCUGCUCCCCAAAGAUUGAAACCUUGUCCUUAGUGACCAAGACUCCCCCAAAGGGCUCUUCCUUCUGAGGCUUUCAAGCCAGACACGGCGAUUUCCCCUCUCUCAUUCCCUACCUAACUCCAACUCUCUUCCCAGACAGAAGAGGAUAUUCCCACCCACUUCCUUUGUAAAUAUCUUGAUCUCCCCCUGGACAGCCCGGGAACUCUCUCCUCCUGGUCUGGAUGGCCGGGCGGAGCAUCAGACCCUUCAUGUGAGUCUGGGGUCAGCCUUCACACGUGCUUUCCCACCGCCCACCAGCAGCCCACCCCACUCAGGCCUGAGCCAUGUGUGACUCUGGGAAGGACUCGAGAUGCUGGGGAGCUGAUCAACUCCCCCGACCCAACAUCCUUCUGGAAAGAGUCAGUUUCCGAGAGUGUGGCCUGUCCAGAAGAACGAUGGGGAAGGGUACCCCAAUCUCCACCGUGGUCUCACCUUUGGGUCAGACACUGCUUGGGUUAACCCUCCCGUGUCUCACAGGUUAGGCCCGUGCACCUUGCACAUGUGCGCACAUACACACACACGACCACAGCACUGCAGUAUGUUCUUGCCAAAGAUUUCCUUUAAAAGAAAGCACUUUUAAUAAUUAUUAUUAUUGUGUGAAUGUUUAUCCUUUUUUCUCCCCGUCCCUCUCCCCAACCUUUUUUGCUGUUGUUUAUUGUUGAAUCUGUUUGUCAGCCAGGAGAGUGCCGUCUGGUCUUGAAAGUGGGCUGGGGAGUUGGGGAUGGGAAAGGGUCUGGGAGGAGUUGGCAAGAAAGAGCCGGAGGCCGGAGAUGCCUGGUCAGCUUGCGAUGCAGGGAUGCAGACCCCAGGCGAGCUCAGGCCCCAGCCCCAGGCCCAGCCUGUGUCUUGCUGUACAUCCAGGCCUCUGAGGCAGCCGAGGCCUCACCGUAGCUGCCGUGUACGGUGUCUGGAGGGAACAGGGGGCAGGGAAGUGACAGCCCUCCAAUUCCGCAGGGAGAGAGGCCCAGCAAGGUCCCCAUGGCCCUUCCCAGAUGGAGCGAGAGGGGAGGACCGAGCAUGGGAAUAGUGGAGAGGUGACCCCAGAGGGGAAAUGGGGAGGAAGGGAACAGUUUGAUGGAGCUCCAGGGCUGAGCGGAUGCCCCUGCCCUGCGAUCGUGGUGUUCUGGCUCCCUCCUCCAGCCAGGUGUUCCAGGGACAGAGACAUUGUGUCCUAGGUUUCGGAAAGACCCUCUGACCCAGGUCUUCAUUGGAGCCUCUCCCGCAGCAGCUCCAAAUGCUUGCGGACUGCCAGGAUUCCUUCUUCCCUGGCAGGGUUUUGAGCGAUCCCUGGGUGUGUCAGAGACAGGCAGGAUAGGGGUGGGGGGACCUGGUGGCCGUGUGACCAUAAGAGGGAGCCCAGGGGACACGUGUGAUUCUCUGUAAAGGGGCUCCCGGAGGGAGGUGAGUCGAACAUCCUUCUGCCCAUUUGGAUGGGCCGAGCAGAGGUUGGGCAGCCCCCUGGUGCCACCCAGGGGUCUGUGGACGAGUCUGUACGUGGAACAGUGUCUAUGGCCCCCUUCCCUGGGAUGUUCGUUCAUCACCCCUGCCUCCCGGGUCUUCUCCCCUGCUUUGGUCUUUCCCAGAUUCAGGAUCUGGAUCUGGGGGGGAUCGAGGAGGCCAAUGCCCUUUCCAAGGGCUGCCUCCUGCCCCUACAUCUCCCCACCCUUGGGAUCCUUGGAGAGGCUGGGGGCAGAGUCCCGGGGCUACUUUUCACCCGGGUCGAGGCCCCGGAAUCCCGAGACUGGAGUGCCCUGGCCAGUGGUAACACAGAACGUGUGCGCGCGUGUGUGCAAGUGUGGGUGUAUGUGUGUGCAUUUUUUGCUUGUCUCUUUAGGGAACUUAGGAGUUGGGUCGGAGGUGGUUGGCAACGGGAUGUCAAGUUCACUAUCACCCAGCGGCGAAAGGACUCAGGAGGCAAGGCUUGUAGGGCCCCUGAUUGGGGGAAUCUCAGUGUCGGUGAUGGUGGGGGUCAACCACACGGGGUGGCGCUUCUCUGUCCUCAGAUGUUGAAGUGCUGGAGGACCUCUGUUUAUUUCCCACACCUGGACUUUUCCCAGCUGCGAGGUAAUUGUAAAGGGAUAGCCCACUUUUGUUUCUAAUCAGUGUUCAACAGCUUGAGACUCUCCUGUGUGUCCACAUGUGGCUCAUGUGUGUGAGAGCACAUCUGUGCGUGCAUGCUGUGUUUCCCCACCUCGCCCCUCUCUGACAUGUCAUUCAAAACAGAUGUAAGAAAUUCCUCACCUCCAUCCCCUCCUGCCUCCCAGACCCUCUGCAGGAAAAACCGAAUAACCCAGCAUCCUCCUGAUCCCCUGGCUGUGUAUUUAUGUAGAUGGAAACAUACUUUCUAUUUUGUAUCAUCGUGCCUCUAAUCUCUGUCACCUUGUAUAAACCCUGAUGUACGCUACUUACCCUGGAUGUGAAUGUACUGUACACAGAUGCUGUCCCACUCCUGUACAGCUGCUUUGUUUCUUUGCAAUCCAUUGUAUGGCUUUAUAAAUGAUAAAGUGAAAGAAAAAUC